AUGAAACAUGCUGACUACGUAGUAUGUGAGUUUGACCAAUGUGUGUGUCCUUGGAAUCGAAAAUUUCGAUUCAAAUCUAGUACCCCAUAUCCUCCCGUUAAGCAUUCGAACAAUCAGCAGAAAGUAACAACAAUGGAACCAGUCGCAAGGACAACCGUACCAACUGUGAGUGGGGGCUAUAUCACGAAGAUAACAAAAGAUGCCCGAGAAGAUGAAAUGGAUGACAAUCUUCAGCAGGUUCAUAUGCAUUUGGGUGCUCUAAAAAAUAUGGCUGUCGAUAUGGGAACGACGCUGGAUAGACAAAAUGUUAAAAUUGAGGAGAUUACUGACCAAGCGGAGGACAAAAUUGAACGUUUGAAGAUCGGGAAUAAACGGCUGAACAAAAUAGAGAAUAAUGCAUAG